GGGGAGAAGAGCCGACUGUUUUUCUGUCUCCAUGGUCGUAAUAGUAUGAUAAAGUAGUUCAUGUCCUCAAGCGUAUCGUUGCAGUUGAGCUAUGGCGUGUUUAAGUUCAAGUAGGCUUUGUGCUCGUGUUCAAGAAAAGUUUAUGUGUCAAUUUGGACAUAAAGUUCGAAAGCAGACUGUAUUUGUGAAACUUAAACCCCCAGGACCAACUCCCUUGCGGAUAUUUGGAAAGACAUGCCAGCGUGUGACGACGUGCGGGCCGGCGUGCGGGUCGUCGGGCGCAGGCACCAUGUCGGCGGGCACCAUGCGCCGCCUGGCGUCCAGCAUGCAGAGCACCAGCACCGGCUCGCUGCCGGACUACGGCGCGCAGAUCGUCGACCCCUACCGCCUGCUCGAAGACGACCUUCACGGAAUAUACGAAGACAUACGAUCGGAGCUGGAACGCAACACAAAUCAACCCGAAUUGAACACCAUAGCUACUUAUUACUUCGACGGACAAGGCAAGGCUCUGAGGCCUAUGGUGGCGAUACUAAUGGCAAAAGCUGUCAACUAUCACGUAUAUGGAGAAAAUAGCGCACUGCUGCCGUCGCAGCGACAGGUGGCGAUGAUCAGCGAGAUGAUCCACUCGGCGUCCCUCAUCCACGAUGACGUCAUCGACCAGAGCGACUUCCGCCGCGGCAAGCCAUCCGUCAAUGUGCUCUGGAACCACAAGAAGGUGGCGAUGGCCGGCGACUUCAUCCUCGCAGUGGCAUCGAUGAUGAUAGCUCGCCUGCGUAGUGAUGAGGUCACGCUGGUGCUCAGUCAGGUUGUAACAGAUUUGGUGCAAGGAGAGUUCAUGCAGCUCGGCAGUAAGGAGACAGAGAACGAAAGAUUCGCACACUACCUCACGAAGACCUAUAGGAAAACAGCAUCACUUAUCGCUAACUCAGUUAAGGCGGUUGCAUUGCUAAGUGGCGCCGACGAGACUACAAGCGAACUAGCAUUCCAAUACGGCCGUAACCUUGGCCUCUCUUUCCAACUCGUCGACGACCUGCUCGACUUCGUGUCUUCGUCGCAAGCCAUGGGCAAACCCACCGCGGCCGACCUCAAACUAGGACUAGCCACCGCUCCAGUUUUAUUUGCUUGUGAAAAGUAUCCAGAGCUAAACCCGAUGAUAAUGAGGCGAUUCCAGGAGGCAGGUGACGUGGAAAAAGCUUUCGAACUAGUCCACAAAUCGCGUGGCUUAGAGCAAACGAGAUUUUUGGCUCGCAAACACGGUCUGGAAGCGGCGCGCUUGGCAUCAGAACUAGCAGACUCUCCGUACCAAAAAGGACUCGUCAUAACAACCGACCUUGUACUUAAUAGGAUCAAGUAGUACUUCUUCAUUCGAUAUGUUAAUUAUAGAAAGGCAUCCAUAAUUCGAAACUACCCACUUAUAAAUGUGCUUUGCAAUCCAUCACUUCAUUGGCACUAUCAUGGUCGUAAGCUAUUUUUUAAGGCAGAGAAUGCAUGCUAGGAGAAUUUUGGAUACCUUUUUAAUGAAGGUGAAAAUGACGUGAAACGUUAUGUUAUUAUUGUGUGGAUGGCGAGUCGUGAACGGGAGGCGAGUGUCUGUAUUUGAUAAGUUUAGUGUGCGCGUGCUCAUAUUAUAUCGUGUCGUUUGUCGGCAGGAGGCUAAACCUUACAAAAACACUGUCAUUAGCUGUCAACUUGACAGCUGUCAAAACUUAUUGACAGUCUUGUGUUUACCCUAUGGAGGGUAGAGGCAAGGAGAAUCAUCUGAGUAUAUGAAAAAGUGUCCGUCAAAAUGCAUUGAAUUAGGGUGGCGCCACAGUAGCAUCAGGGUAUAUCUUAAAAGAAGCCCAAAUAUAAAAUAAUACUAAUCACUCUAGGUGCACGUUUUCUCAUAAUAACUCUUUCAGGUUAUAUUUACUACAUUAUUUUGUACAACGUAAGUUGUUGAAAAUUUCACUAUUUAACUAUGCUACUAGCGCCAUUGUGGAAGCUUUUUGAACUGUUAUUUACAGCAUAAGCUGGACAAUUUUUCAACUUUCCUCCCUUAAGAGAUGAUACUCCUUGCGUCUACAAUCCAUAGUUUACCCAAAUGAAAUUUGUUCACAUAUAUAUAUAAAUAGUAUGCUUAAUUAUAUUGGUUCGCAUCCGUAAACGCAUGCGGACAGUGUGCAGUUAAGUAUUAAACGAUUUAUUUAUUAUACUUUCAUUGUUGUUUUUGAAUCAUUGUUUUAUAAUUUUUGUCUUUUGUGACCUGAUUUAUGUUAAGUUUCUCGUGUCGCUGAACUGUCUAGAGCGUGUUUGUGACCACCCGUUACCAAAUAUCGCUGUACAUAAUAAGUGUACAAUAUGCUCAACAUUUUUUUUUCUUUGCUACAUAAUAUAUUAUGCGGAAUAGAAUACUUUUAUUUGAACUGUAAAUAGACAUGUUAUUUUUGUAUUAUUAAGUGCAAUUUCUAUUGCUCACUACGCCAUCAGCUCAUCACAUUUUUCUCGAAUCAGGUUUCUUUCAACACACCAAGCAAUUGGAUCAAGUUACCCGUGUUUUAUCUUCAAAACCGAUUACCUCACUCUUUAGUAUGCACGGUUUUGCUGACAAGUGUAUAAUAAAUGUAUCCCCUUUGGUAGUAUUAAAUUGUAAGUUUUGUUUAUCAGCACAAUUUUAGGCAAAUAGGUUUGUAAAAUUGUUUAAAGGUCCGCAGGGCUUUCAAAUUAUAGUGUCUUAGGUAAGUUACAUAUUGUAAAUAUUUUAUAAUUGUUGACAUUAAUGGAUGUGUAUGACAUUAAGAUGUGCACUUAAAGCACGUGGUUCUAUAGUAGUUUAUUGUUUAUCAAAUUAUAUGAUGUACUACUAACCACUCAUAUUAUGUCGAUGAAGAAAGACAGUAAAUAUUUGAAUAUGUUUUUAAAUAUAUAUAAUAUAAAAUACUCGAAAAUGUCCAGUAGAAUAUAAUCAAUGUAUAAUUUUAUCUUUAGUGCAUUAUUGUGAUUACGAUUUUAACAAGAAUGUCAGGUAUUGGCUAGGUCGUGUCAAUUAAAAUUAAUAAAACAUGUAUCGAGGAAAGCUAGUAAACAAAAGUGAAGAAGUGUCUGUGUAACGUUCACCAAAGACGAGAGAAUUAGAAGGGAGACUUUAUCUGUUUUUCUUUCUAUGUGAACGAGGCCUUAGAACAUUAGCCAUUCAAAGCUGAUUUCUAAUUAAGAACAAUUUAAAUUUCUAAUUUUAAUCGUAUUUACUAAUUUCAUUCACUUUACAAUUCUAUCGAUCUUGUCAAAGAGGGUGUUGUAAUUUAUACUUAAGAGGCUGCCUAAGUAAAAAUUGAAAUUUAGUUUAGUAUGAAACGUACAGUGAUUUGACAUAAGUUUGAAAUAGUAGUAUUUACAGUAUCGCGAUUGACCACGAAGUAUAAUCCGGCUAUGUUUGUAAGCGAACAGUUUUUACGAGAUUAUAGCCGUCAUCUGUCAAUGACUGCACGUUUCAUAUAAUCGAGUGAAUCGCUUUUUUCUUAGAGAGUUUCGCUAGCCUGAAUAUUAUUUUAAGUUAUUCCUUGAUUUAAUAUCAACAGUAACACAGUGCUAUUAAAUAUUUAAAAAUAAUUGAGAAUUUAGUUAUAUGCGCGAAUAUCGAAUACCUGGCAUUCUCAAGGCGAGUGUUGUCUCGUCGACACACGAGUUAAUAUCAAGCUGUUUCAUAAAUACGAGAGUCAAUGCGUUUUAUUUAUAUUAUGUAUGUAGUCAUAUAUGUAGCAAGUAAUUUGUAAAUAUUUACUGUGUAAAGUGCUAAAUCAUGAAUUAUUUUAUAAAAUAAUAGUUACAUUA